CAUUCGCUUGUGGCAGCAGCUGACCACCGUGACAGGCAGCACCCAGGGUGGGCAGACCGUCCAACCUGCCAACUGGCAGCCUAAUCGCUCUGCAGGUCGAACCCUGCGGCGGAAUCGGUCUUUUCCCUCACAGAAAAUGCCGUCCCUCAGGUUCCUCCUCUACUCGGCGGUGCUGGCGCAGUGCUUCACUCUGACGGUGGUGACCUCGGUGAAUGCUUGGUGCCCCAAGGGCUGCAGAUGUUCUGCCCGCAGCCUGCAUGUCAGAUGCACCAACAUCAGCCUGGCCGACAUUCCCGCCCAGCUGGCCAACACCACCACCCAGCUACGGCUCAGUUCAGAGCACCUGCCGGAGAUUCCAGUCAAUAUUUUCACCAACCUGUCUCGUCUGACCAUCCUGUACCUGAACAGCAACAACAUCAGCAGGCUUGCACCAGGUGCAUUCAAUGGACUGGGUGAGCUGCAAUACCUGCACCUCAAUAACAACAGCAUCAAAAACCUCAAAGUUGGCGUCUUUGAGAAUGUAACUGCCUUGGAGUUCCUAUACCUGGAAAACAAUCUCCUCACUGAUAUAGAACCAGGUGUGUUUUCCUCCUUGGUAAACUUGAAUGUUCUUGACCUUAGUAACAACCGUCUCACCACUGUGCUAAACCUUACAUUCAAGAGCCUUUCAGCACUGCGAUGGCUAUUACUCAGUAAUAACCGCAUCACUACCAUCGAGUCAAAGGCCUUCGCUAGCAACAGGGUGCUCAGGAAGCUUUGCCUUGACAACAACAAUCUGACCUCUGUGCCAUUCCGUGGCCUGAAGAAACUAGAAAUCCUAGAGCUUAGCAACAAUAAUAUGUCCAGUUUGAAGUCGAUCAUCUUUGAAGCAAAGUUAAAGUUCCUGAUACAGCUUUAUUUGGACAAUGCACUUCUGGAUGAAGACCCUGCCCAGGCCCUUUCCAAGCUCCGAAAGCUGGAGAUUCUGAGCAUGAGGAACAACCGCCUGGAAACCCUUUCCAACACCAGGUCCUUCAAAUCCGUCAAGCUGUUCAGGUUGAGCGGGAAUACUUGGAGGUGUGACUGCAAGCUGAGCUGGCUCCGAGCCUGGCUUCUGAAGCAGAGGGAGGCAGAUCAGAGGGAGGUGUUCUGCAGCUCGCCCAGUCCGCAUGCAGGGAAACUUCUGGUCAACGUACAGCCACAGUUUCUGACUUGUCCUCCAUACAGUUUUGAAGUCACUACCAUUCCAUCGCUGACAGCCACGAAUAAAACUCUCAUUCCAAGAGGUCCUCCUCUCCAAGGGACUGAUCAGGCCUGGCCAUCAAAGCUCAGCAGCAAACAGGUAACCACAAGGGCUAAUACUACGGAAAAGGCCAAAUCUGUAAACCCGGACCUGUGCCUCUCACACCACAUCAAAGAGGUCACUAUAAGCGACGUGACCUCAAGCUCCCUGCUGGUGAACUGGGAUAUUCUGAAGGACAUGGGUGAAGACUACGAGGUUCGCUACAGCACUGCGACACAAAUGCAAAGCCUUCUCAUGAUUGGGGGGGUUAGAGAAGUGGAGCUGAACCAACUCAGUGCCGGGACAGUUUAUAAAAUCUGUGUGAUCCCUCAGAGUAAGAACACCAAUGACUGUCAUUGGCCUGCUUCCAAUCAGUGCUCCGAAGCACAUACCUUAGGAUCAACAGGAAAUACAGAUAACAGUACACUAGUGGGAGGUGUCACUGUGGUCGUUAUUCUAUUAAUUACCAUUGCUUUAAUUGCUGCCUUCAAACUGAAGUCAAGGCAUGCAGGCUUCCAGAGGCAUUAUGAUGACGAUGCAUCCACAUGUAUUGAACACAUUGAAACAGAGGAAAGCAAGGUGGAUUUUGAUCAUAUUAACAGCGCGUUUGAAGAAGUCCCUGAUGAUAACAAUGGGUAUUUUUUACAUUUGGCUCAAAGUCCAAAGAUUGAGGGUGUGCACACACUGGAAUGCUACGUAGCCCCUGAAGCCAAGCUUGGGCCAUCUUUAAGCAAUGAUAUCUUGUAACACAGAUAUCAUUGUAACCCGACAUCACUGAUGCAUUGCAGGCAAGGCACAAGUCCCCCGAUUCCAAAUGAACUCACGUACCUUUGAAAGGAACAAGGUGUCUUCAUUAAACUAUGAAAGUCAUUUAAUCCUUUCUGAACCAUAUCAACAUUUACUUGGGCAUUGCCUCUUUUUACAGAGAAAUCCUUUGAAGUGGGGAGAAACAAGUCAAGAAGACAUUGAGCUUUCAUGGCAAUUAAACCAUUCAGCAUUUCCUGGCCAGGUUUUAUCAUUAAAUACAAAUCAUGUAAUCAUCCUCUCACUGUUUGAAGAUGCUUACUACAUGCAAAUUGACUGCCAUUUUUCCUGAAUGUGUUUGGCUGUGAAACACUCUGGGAUAUCCUGAGGUUGCAAACAGUAGCUGUAGAUAUGCAAGUUCAGCCAUCUUUAUUUGUGUUUCUGCUCUUUACGUAGUUUAAUCAUUUGCCAGUAAGACAUGGAAGCCAUCUUGGAUUAGUCUCUGAAGUAACUGGGCACCGAGGAGGUUCAAUGUGACAAUGUGUUGUAUUUCCAAAACUAAAGUACACAGUAUAUACUGCCAAGAAAAUGGAUCCUCCAAAUCUGGAGAUAUUGGAGAAAUUUUGGUUAUAAUAAAAUAGUUGCUUUCAACAUAGAUGAUUUCAACAUGGUCUCUCGAGAUGCUGUGUAUCAGACUGCUAUAUAAAAUGAGGUAUAAUACAAGGUCGUGUGCCGUCCUUCACUGCAAUGACAGCAUAAGCAUAGCAAGCCCGGUCAGCCUCUGAGAACUGUAGCAAAGGCAUGGCAACUUGACAAUCAUAACUGACACUGUCAUCUCUCUUAGACUAUUCCAACCUCCCAGACUAUUCAAAGUUCAAAGUACAUUUAUUAUACAUCAUUCAGCCUUGAGCUUUCCUUACUAACAGGCAGCCCUGAGACAAAGAAACUCAAAAGAACCCAUAUAAAAAAAUGAUAGUGGGACACCAAAUGAGCAGAGAAUAAAAAUACAUCAUGCCCAUUAAAAAAGAACCCAUAACAUUUUUUAAAAAUAUUUAACAAAAGACUGAACACUCAAUGUGUAGAGAAAAAAUCAUGCAAACAAUAAUAAUUGCAAGCAAGAAUAGCGUUCAAACUGAAGUCCGCAAGGGGAAUCCCACAGUUCAGCAGAGUUUAGCACAGAGCUGAGUCACGGAGUAGUGAUCUGAACCAGCCAAUCCCUCGCCUCGGGCCCUGACCCCCUGACUUUUUCAAUCUGGCCCGGUGCCUGAAUCUCCAUCCAAACAUCGCGUCCAGUUGCCUCGAUGCGUUCUGGCGCACGGACACUGCCGACUUGAUUCAGCCUGUAGCUGACCUCUCCGAUUCGACGCAGCACUUAAAACGAUCCAAACUCAAGUCUUCCUUGCUCUCGGUGACAAGCCCACCACUUCGCCUUGACUCGGUUCUGCCACAUCCAAUUGCCUUCAAGUCCAAAGGGAAGUUACAGACUAUUAUUUUCAAUGCUCUUUUGCCAGAAAAAAAAUCAUUAACAAAAUAUUUAGUUGUCUUCCUUGUUUCAUUAGCCACCAGCCAGAAGUCAAUGAGUUUCACCAGCGCCAUCUUAAACCAGAAUCCUUUGUAUUUUCUCCAAGACCAGAAGGAUAGAUCUGUCACUGCCUCAUUGUCCAGUGACAAUUAAGGCUGGACAAUAAAUGUCAAUGUCAUUAGAAAUGUCUGGGUUUGUGAAGGAAUAAAUAAGAGAUUAAAGCAGAAUAGUUUGUAUUCCUUAAUGUCAACUCAAACACAAGGAACCUACAAUUAUCUACCAAGAACAAAUAAGCAGAUGCGUUACAAUCCCAUCGUCUUCAAUUCUCACUAACCUGAUAUCGACAUAAUUAACAAAUCCUUCAUAAUAUUCAAAAUUCACCACCCCUAAUCACCUAACGAGACUGAAGCAGUUUGAGAUGAUUGCUCACCACUUUGAGGAAAAUGGCCAAACUGAUUCAAGCUAACAGUAAGGGGACAAUAACUCGAAAUAGCCAUGCAUUACAACAGUGGUGUGCAGAAGAGCGUCUCGAACCUCAUAGUGGAUGCGCUACAGCCGCGGAAGACCACAAGCAGACACACAGUGGCCACAGAGUCUACAAGCCCCGGAUACAUUUCAAAAAGCCACACCUAAAUCACAUCCAGCUCUAAGUGUUAUUAUUGAGCAAAUAGGCUCUUGCAUUCGCUUCAUUCGUUCUAAUUUGUCAGUCUUUCCAUCACAGGAAUUGGGAUGGCAUCACCUUCUACAUCAGUGCUUUGAAAUUAUUUUUAUUCCUUAAUCACAGCUUCCUCUCCAUGUCGUUGACAGGGCAUUCUUACAUUUUCCUUCACUCAGAACAGGGAUCUUCUCUCAGAUCACUUUCCACUCUUGCACCAUAUUCCAAAGACAUUUCCUAAACCCAGACUCCUCUCACCUCUCUCUUGUCCUGAGGCGCUUGCUUGUGUUUGCUCUAAGUUUCCAUAUCCACUAGCACCCAUACCCCUCACGACAAUUUGCCACAAACCCACAGGAUGCAGCAACUGCACAGAACUCCUCUCUUUCUAUCAUCCAUAUACUCAAACACCAUAUCCAACUAAAGUAAUAAUUCUUCCAAUUUGAUCUUACAUUUACACCACACGCUGCACCUACAAAGCAAACAGCAUUGUGAAGGACCCCAUGCACCCCUCACACAAACUCUUCUCAUUCCUGCCAUCUGGCAAAAGGUACCGAAGCAUUCGGGCUCUCACGAUCAGACUGUGUAACAGUUUCUUCCCCCAAGCCAUCAGACUCCUCAAUACUCAGAGUCUAGACUGAUAUCUACAUCAUUUAUUAUUAUAUUGUAAUUUGUCCUCUACUGUGCCUAUUGUUUUGCUUAUAUAAUUAUUGUACUGCCCUGCACUGCACUGUUUUAUGCACUUUAUGUAGUCCUGUGCAGGCCUGUAGUGUAGUGCAGUUUUUAUGUUGUUUUGCGUAGUGUAGCCUUGUGCUGUCUCACAUAGAGGUCCUGGAGGAAUGUUGGUUCAUUUUUACUGUGUACUGUACCAGCAGUUUAUGGUCGAAAAUACAAUAAACUU